UGCACGUCAGGCGGAGAACAUGAUGCCUCUUUGCGAGGCAACUCGUGUGCGCUGCCUGAUAGAGGGAACUGAGAGCUGAAACAUUAGAGGACCAUUGUGGCCACAGGAAGGUGGCAUACAAGGUUUGCCCCCAAUCCACCCACGCCCCCCAAAAAAGAGAGACGGAGAAAGAAAAUGGACCUCCUCAUGUCGCCGCCGCUUUGAAAGAAGACGCCGACAAUCCAGUAAAGUCUAUUUUUUUAAUGGAUACGCUUCGAAUGGAGGCGGCGGCGGCGACUGGUGGUUAGUUUGGCUUUUUGAUCAGCUCAAGGAAGCCCGUGUGAGACCCCCCCCCCCACACCCCUCCCUACCAGUCCAAGAAGCGUGUGUCCCUGCUUGUGUGGUUUUUGUUACCUCCUCGUCGUCCGCCGCCGAGACAGUCCCGUCGAGAACAGCAUGGUCAUGGCUGACAGCGUCCAGAAACCGCUGCUCCGGGGUCCAGUCCGUGUGGGCUUCUACGACAUCGAGCGCACUUUAGGAAAGGGCAACUUCGCCGUCGUCAAACUGGCCCGACAUCGCAUAACCAAGACGGAGGUGGCCAUUAAAAUCAUUGACAAGACCCAGCUGGAUGCGGUCAAUCUUGAGAAGAUCUACAGAGAAGUUCAAAUCAUGAAAAUGCUGGACCACCCGCAUAUCAUCAAGCUCUACCAAGUGAUGGAGACCAAGAACAUGCUUUACCUGGUCACGGAGUAUGCCAAGAAUGGGGAGAUCUUCGACUACCUGGCUAAGCACGGCCGACUGAGUGAGAUGGAGGCCAGGAGGAAGUUCUGGCAGAUCUUGUCAGCGGUGGAAUAUUGUCACAACCGCAAAAUUGUCCACCGGGAUCUGAAGGCAGAGAAUCUGCUGCUGGAUGGCCACAUGAACAUUAAAAUUGCAGACUUUGGAUUUGGGAACUUCUUUCAGCCUGGCACGCCUCUGGCCACAUGGUGUGGCAGCCCCCCUUACGCGGCGCCUGAGAUCUUCGAGGGCCUACAGUACGAGGGCCCACAACUGGAUAUCUGGAGUAUGGGUGUGGUGCUAUAUGUGUUGGUCUGUGGUGCCUUGCCCUUUGACGGACCCACUUUGCCAGUACUCCGACAGCGAGUCUUGGAAGGAAGAUUCCGCAUCCCCUACUUCAUGACUGAAGACUGCGAGCAUCUGAUCCGCAGGAUGUUGGUCCUGGAUCCGUCAAAGCGUCUGUCCGUAGCGCAAAUCAAAGAGCACAAGUGGAUGGCACUCGAUGUUCCGGUGCAGCGGCCGGUACUGUACCAGCAGCCUGUCUCUGCUGAGGGCGAGACGGGCGUGGGCGAGUACAGCGAGCAGGUUGUACGUUUGAUGCACAGCCUUGGCAUCGACCAGCAUAAGACUGUCGAGUCUCUGCAGAACAAAAGCUACAACCACUUUGCUGCCAUCUACUACCUGCUGGUGGAGCGGCUCAAGGCCCACCGCUGCAGCUUCCCAGUAGAGCAGAGACUGGAUGCACGUCAGCGGCGGCCCAGCACGAUCGCUGAACAGACUGUCGCCAAGUCGACUAGCAAUUCAGCCCAGGUGGGCUUGCUCCCGCAUGGGGUUCGCCUGCUGCGAUCCCCCGCGGCUCCUGAUGCGUUCACCUUCACCCAGCCCACAUGCGCCUUGGAGCAGAAUUUCAUGGCUGAGGACGUCAACACGCCCAAAGUAAACGGCUGCUUGCUGGACCCACUGCCUCCCAUCACUGUGCUCCGCAAGUCCUCCACCUCGUCUCCUAGCAACAUGAUGGAGAUGUCGAUUGAUGAGGGCAUCGAGACCGAAGAGCCCGACACAGAGGAGGAUGCGCCCCACCUGUCUUUGGCCUAUCUGGCUGCUCGUUUUGGACAGAGGCGUCACACUCUCUCUGAGGUCACUAACCAGCCGGGAACGUCAAACCAGGGUAAACUGUUUGCUCUGGGUCACAACCCCUCCACGGGCAGCAUGGACUCUGACAUGGGCUACGACAUGGGCUCCAUGCACAGCGACCUCAGCUUGCUUGAGGACGCCCCGUCGCUCAAUGAAGUGGUGCUGGCCAACAACACGACCUCCCGUGUCCCCCCUACCACCUUCCUGAGCACUCGGCCAGCCAACCCAGCAAUGGCCGCCCUGACCUCGCAACACAGGGACACCCACAACCGUUCACCCAUCAGCUUCAGAGAAGGACGCCGUGCCUCUGACACCUCACUCACACAAGGUCUGGUUGCAUUUCGACAGCAUCUCCAGAACCUGGCGAGGACCAAAGGCAUCCUGGAGCUGAACAAAGUCCAGAUGCUGGUGGAGCAGAUGGGCUCCGGGGAAGUGGCUGCCAUGGGCCCCCCAGGACCCCAGCACCACUUGCACAACCUCCUUGAGACUGAGGCAACCAAGCAACAGGAGGCCCCGACCUUAUACCAAAGUGGGCCGCAGCCGCCUCUCCUGUCUCGAAGACAAAGUUUGGAGACGCAAUACCUCACCCAUCGUCUGCAGAGCGGCGUUUUGGCAAACAGUCCUGCAAGCUGCCAAAUGUACUGUAAGGAGUCCCCCCGAAGUUUAGAGCAGCAACUGCAAGAACACCGACUGAACCAGAAGAGGAUGUACCUUCAGCAGUCGCAGGGUCUGGGCCUGCCCGUCUAUUUCAAUCAGAUGCAGAUCGCUGAAGGGUCCUAUGAAGCGGGUGGCACCCCUCUCGACCCAGCAGCCGCCCAGAACUCCCCCCCGAUGUCGACCGGCGGCCCCCAAUCUCAGUCGCAGCCACAGGCCUCGCCGCCAUACAGCCACCCCCACAGCCUGAGCCCCCUUCUGGAACCAGGAGAGGGCACUCUUUAUGAGCCCUACUUGAGCCACCACUACUAUGCCCAGCACGCGCCCCCUGUCCCUCACCUUCAACACCACUCCCUCCACCCUCUCCACCCCCUCCAUCACCAAUCACCUCAAGAAACCUCAGCGACCGGACUUGGCUUCUGCUACCCUGUAGAUCAGCAGGCUCAGUGCCCCUCCGCUGAAGCCCUGCCCCCAGGACAGUAUGAGUUCCCCCUAGAUCUGGGCCGGCUCCCGCCUCCCAUCAUAGGAGAGGCGCAGGGCCCCAGGGCGGAGGCCUCGGGCAACCUUGGCCAGCCCGAGGGUGUGGUUCUGGCUGAGCUGCAGAGCCCGCACCUUGACGGUGAGAUGAUGGAGACGGUGGACUCCCAGCACGGCUUUGUGCUGGUCAACUGAAGCCUUGCGAGUGGCCAGUUUGAAGCAGUACUAAGCUCGGAGAUCUUGAUCGGCAGAGAGAUUUGGAGACACCGGCGAAAGCGACGGGGCAAAGCGCUGAUUUUCGUACGAUGAAGGAAAACUGAAUUGUAUACUUGGAGUGAACCUCUGAGAACCUUUCGUACCAAAAUCCCUCCCUUAGCUGACCCCCCCACCGCAUCAGACGAGCGUGGAACGGGCCGGUGCAGUCGGAACACUUCUCAUGUCACCGUGGCGAGGCUACUCCAAGUGGCAGCCGUCGUGGCCCUAGGAAGACGGCGACAACAACAAAGAUGACGAUAAUGUGCAGCUUUUCACCCAGAGAUGAUUUGGAAGAAGUGAGCUCUUUUGGGACUGACUGGCAACCAUAAAGCACAAAACGGCUGGCAGGAUGGCAUAUUGCUUGAGCACAAGAUAUCGUUGAUAUCUAGCUUAUGGUCCGCGCAGUAGUCUAUUUGUUGCCCUCACCAGUAUGACAAUUCAAGCCGUUUGAGCAUUUAUUAGUUAUUCUAAAUAUCCAUUUUAAAGAUCCCCUUGAUGCGAAUUCUCAGUUUCUAAGUACAUUCUCAAUGUGUGAAGGUAAUUGCUGAAAACGGGCAAACUGGGAAUUGCGGUGAGGUAGCGUUUUUCACACUUUCAGUUUUCCUCAUUUAAAAAAAAAAUCUUUGAAUCCCUCCCCUUGGCUAAAAUGGCGCCCAGUGACGCACUUCAGCAUCGGGUACGAGUCACCCCUCGCCCGGUGUCUUUACGUAUUUGAGUGCCUUCCUUUGCAGCAGUGGUUAUCCAGCGCAAUUGUGAGAGUUACUUAAGUUGUUAUUACUCGUCCCCAACACAGUUUGCUCACGAGCUAGUUGGUAGUUGGUGCCUCUCGUUGCAUCGUGGAAAGCCCCCACGAUGACCCAGUGAGAUAAAUUUCAGCCACCGGAGGCUUUCAGCGGAUAUUUUUGCCAGCCAAACAUAUAUCGGGAUGUGUAGGUACAAGAGUAAUGAUGAGUAGGCUCGCAUCCGUUUUUCCAGUCAUAAUUGUGGUAAUUUGAUUGACAGCUGAGUCGGUGUGGUUUCAGCAGACACUCCCAUAGCAUUUUAUUUUUUAUUUUUAUUUUUUUCUGAAGCUUCAUUUUAUAUUCUUGGCAAUAUUUUUUUUUAUUGUUCGUCUGGGCCGUGUGACAUUUAGAAGACAUUUUAUUUUCACAUUACCGAGACUUUUAGGUCCAUGUACUGGUUUUUGUCCUCACAUCUGGCAUAUUUAUACAUUUAUUCAACAUUCAGUAGUGAGUGUGCUUAUUUAUGACAGAAAACUAGUGCACUGUGAAUAAUAUCAAUGAGA